CGGGGUCGCGCACGCGGAGGCGCCCAAGAUGGCGGCGCCCGUGUCGCUCUGUCACAUCGCCUGCUGCGCCAACCGGGCGGGCGGCGGCGCCGUGGCCUGGGGCCGCUGUGGCCUCCUCGCCUUCGGCAGCUGCCACGACGUCAUCCUCUACGACCCGGCGGUGAGGCGGGCGGUCGCCGCCCUCCGCGGCCACGCCGGCAGGGUGAACUGCGUGCGCUGGGUCCGCCGGCGGGACGGCGCUUCUGAAACAGAGUUAAUUUCUGGUGGAUCUGAUAAACAACUUAUUCUUUGGGAAUGGAAAGAUACAGUAACAUGGAAUAAUCAGCUUGUGAAAAGCAUUCCUCUCAAAGGCCACACAGAAGCUGUUUUUGCUGUGGAUGCUGUCUGCCAGUCAGAUGAACCUGAUUUCAAUGUGCUAAUAGCUUCUGCAGCCUCUGACUCUACUGUGAGAAUCUGGUCUCGGCAUGGUUCAGAAGCUAAAUGCAUUGAAAUUCUGCAGUUUGGAAAUGGAUUUGUUAUGGAUGUCUGCUUAUCCUUCUUGCCUGGCAGCGAUGUACCCAUACUGGCUUGUGGUGGUGAUGACUGCAAAAUAAGUUUGUUUAUACAGCAAAAUGGUCAGUUUCAGAAAGUGUUAAUACUCCCUGGCCAUGAAGAUUGGAUAAGAGGCGUGGAGUGGGCAGUCUGUGGUGAAGACCUUUUCUUAGCAAGCUGUGCUCAGGACUGUUUGAUAAGAAUUUGGAAAGUAUGUACAAAAUUAAAGCAGCUUCCAGAAACUGAAGAUGAUUCCAUAAAACUGAAAGAGAAUAUUUUUACUGUUAAAGAUGCUGACACAUCAUAUGCAGUUUCUUUGGAGUCUGUGUUGGCUGGUCAUGAAAACUGGGUGUAUGCAGUUCACUGGCAACCUUCAUUUUCCAAAGAUGGCAGCAUUCAACAGCCAAUGAGGAUAUUAUCUGCAUCAAUGGACAAAACAGUGAUCAUCUGGGAACCUGAUAAAGAAUCUGGAGUCUGGCUAGAGCAGGUACGGGUAGGUGAAGUGGGUGGCAAUACUCUUGGAUUUUUUGACUGCCAGUUUAGUCCAGAUGGUUCAAUGAUCAUCGCUCAUGCUUUCCACGGAGCACUACACCUUUGGAAACAGGCUACAAUUAAUAAGAAAGAAUGGACUCCAGAAGUUGUGAUUUCAGGACAUUUUAACAGUGUAGAAGAUGUGAAGUGGGAUCCAGAAGGAGAGUUUGUCAUCAGUGUGGGCUUUGAUCAAACAACGAGGCUCUUUGCUCCAUGGAAAAGGAAGGAAGAAACAGAGGUGACGUGGCAUGAAAUUGCCAGGCCUCAAGUGCACGGAUACGACCUGCGCUGUCUGGCAAUGAUCGGCCGGUUUGAGUUCGUGUCAGGAGCAGAUGAAAAAGUGCUCCGAGUUUUCCGUGCUCCCAAGAACUUCAUAGAAAACUUCAGUAACAUCACUGGUAUCCCAAUGGAGAAACUCUGCUCCCAUCAGUCAUCUGAUCUUCCAGAAGGUGCAACUGUGCCAGCUUUGGGAUUAUCCAAUAAAGCUGUUUUUGAAGGAGAUAUGGCUGUUCAACCAGAUGAGGAUGAAGAAUCAUUUAAUACCAUUUCAAAUCAGUAUCCAGAGAUUUAUUUUCAACCCUUGAUCCUUACAGAACCUCCACCAGAAGAUCACUUGCUGCAGAAUACCUUAUGGCCUGAAAUUCAGAAGUUAUAUGGACAUGGAUAUGAAAUUUUUUGUGUUGCUUGCAAUAAUUCAAACACUCUACUUGCCUCAGCAUGUAAGGCUUCCAAAAAAGAGCAUGCAGCAAUUAUUUUGUGGAGCACUAGUUCUUGGAAGAAACUGCAGAGUUUGUCUUUUCACAAUCUGACUGUUACUCAGCUGGCAUUUUCUCCUGAUGACAGCUUUUUACUAGCUGUUUCUAGAGACAGGAAUUGGUCACUGUGGAGGAGAGAGAAUUCCUCAGAGUCAGGACCAGUCUUCACUUGCUGUGCAUACACAGAUAAAAAUACCGCUGUUCACAGUCGAAUCAUUUGGUCCUGUGAUUGGACACCAGACAGCAAGUAUUUUAUUACUGGAAGUCGGGACAAAAAGGUCAUUAUCUGGGGCCAGUGUGAUUUGUCAGUGAUUACUGAAGGGAAUGGGCUGGAUUCAAUCAAGCCUUGUUCAACAGUGCUGGAUGCUGGGGAUUCUGUGACUGCUGUUGGUAUCAGCCGUGUGCUUACUCCUGAUGGAAGAUACAUUGUUGCAGUAGGCUUAGAGAGUGGGAAGAUUAUCUUGUACACAUGGAAGCAAAGUGGGAAAGAACCAACACUGGCUGACUGGACCACAGGUGUUGAGAUAGAUAACAGCCAAAGUCAUGCUCUUGCUGUGAAGCGCUUAUGCUGGAGACAUCAUGCAGGCAGAGCUGGACAUAAUGAUGAGAACAGCAGCAAGUGGUUGCAGCUUGCAAGUUGUGGAGCUGAUCACUGUGUUAAAAUAUUCAAUGUCAACAGAUUUGCUCUUUAGCAAAGACAGCAGGCCUGUUUGUGCCAAACAGAUUCACAGCAUUGCAUUUCAACUUUUAGCCACUUUGAUUAUUGAAUUUUCUAUUUUCUGCUGUGGAAAGUAAAAUAUCUUACAUGUAACUUAAUAAGGCAACUUUAGUGGAAGUUUGAAAUGUCAAAUAUUUUUCUAAUCCUGCAGUUCUGGGAAUAUGAAGUAUAUGUUUUGUUUGGUGAAUAUCCUGAAACUGAGGGAUGGGAGGUGGGGUAGGGCAUGGGAGGAUACUGAGAGAUCUUUGUUUGCUGUGACUUGAAGGAUAGGUGGUAAGCUGCUGAUACUUGGGUACUUCUGUACUUGAGAUUCCCCUUGGAGUACUGAUUUUUUUUUAUCUCCUCUUGCUAUUAAAGUUAACUGUUGGUGGUUAGCUGCCAGUGCUGCCAGUGUGUGUUCAGGCAUGUGCAGCCAGAGUUCAGGGUUAAACAUGGAACUUUCUCUAAUUGCUUUUGAAUGUGUAUUAGAGCUCUGGUCCAAGUCUGAGGCCACCUGACUCUGGAAGGAGUAGUUUGUGUUCAGAUGCUUGGACAAGCCUGCUUGCUUUUAUUCCCUUAUUCUGCUUUGCAGGGCUGAACUCAUACUUCUUGGUCAGGUGGAGCUUAAAGCUGAACUCAGAGACCACUUAAAUCUUCUGGUGUUUCCACUAUGAGCCCUCUCUGAGCAGAGUGUGAUAGCAGAGGCACCUCUGAGACUGUUAGAGGGAUGUCCUCUACAGUUCAGACUGGAAAAGCUUAUGGAUAUCACUAGGCAGGAGCUAAAAGGAGGCAGCCAUUCCUUACAAUGCCUUUGGGCUCUUCCUGACUUUUGAGGACUCCCUCUUUGCUCCUGUGAAAACAAGUUAACUUAGUUGUCCCAUAGUGUAAUUUAAGUAGAGUGCUAAUAGACUGAGAGUACUUCAGAAAGACUUCACGUCAGCAGGUCUGUAUCUGGUUCCAAAGUCUGACUUAGAAAUUAGUUAAACUUUGAGAGUGAAAUUGUUAUUCCAGAACUGCUUGCUACCUGUAACUGGCAGUGCAGAGGUAACUGGAAUUCUGUUUAACUUUCUACUGUAUUGGAUAUUUAGAUUAGGAGUGUAGCUCUCUCAGAGUGGGCUAUACUGUCUUCAGGGUAAUUAUGGUUUAUGUCUUGAAAGGUUUUGUGUUUAUGCCUUGAAAGGUUUUGUAUUUUAGCUUGCUAUUUUCUGUUUUUCAGCCAUUAAAAAAAAAACAAAACUAUUCUUUAAAAUGGGGAUAGGGGAAUAAAAAAAAGACUUAUUAAUAAAGAUAAUUUGCUACAUUUUA